CCCUGGGGGGCGCCAAAGUUACAGAUCUUCGCCGUACACGCGCCAAUUUUCGACCCUCCCUAGAUUUCAUCCAACCGUCAGCCGUGUCAGAACAAAUUUCGUUGUCACUCAAGCAAACUCGGGUGUCAUCCGCGGGAUGGCACAAUGCAAGAAUUUGCCCUCCUUGCCAGAUUGUCAGAAACCUGUCAGAACCCUUGCACCUCAUACCAAGUUCCUGACGACUAGUUCCUGACAGACGGCCUUAGUUCCUGACCAGACUAGGCCAGGGAUCCAUUGCCCUUCGCUGCUUCAGCGAUUCAAAUCCAAAUUCAAUUCUGAGAACGUCCGUAUAAGUCUUCGUUUCUCUUGUCAGGCAUCGGAAGUGCUUUCUGAGAACUCCGUUCCCGGCCGAAUUGACGGCAGCUCAUUGUACGGAGACGUGUAGUGAACGGACUGUAGAAUCUAGCGAGCCAUUUGACUUUUGCAAGUCAAUGUCGAGAUAACCUCUCAGGUCUAGCAACCUGGCUCUCUAUUUUUCUUCGUCAGGCAACUUCAAGUCCUCGUCAUAUCCUUCAUUUUCGUAAGGAGCAGGCUCCUAUCGAAUCUCUUUAACGUUCGCGAUCGCGAGUGAUCGGACUGGCUGAGAGCAAGAUUCAAGAGUCCACUGGUACUGUGAUAGGUUAAUUAGAAAUUUCAAAAACCUUCCACUCGUACUGCCGCCAUGCCUCCGAAAGGAGGGGGAGGCGGAAGGGGGAGGGGAAGAGCCGCAGCAGGUGGUGGAAGAGGGGGGGGUGGCGGUCGCGCGGGGGGGCGAGUAGCGCCGGGGAAAGCCCCCGGGGGUACAGGAAAGCAGGCGGUUCCUGCUCCUAACGGAAUUGGCGGGAAGGCUGAAGCAUCAAAGAAAGUUGGUGGUGUUUCUGCAGCGACGGUGGAGGGAGGUGGAGGGUUGGGAAAAAAUGCGUUUGAACGAGCUACAGAGGUUCGGUUGACUCCCGAGGCUGAAGAGCAGCUUCGGAUGCUGGUGGUUAAGGUGAGAGGAGAUCAAUAUUGGGUUAUCAACAACCACCAACUAGCUGAGUCAAAUGUACUCCACCCAUUCCAUAAUCAGUGAAGUCCGCCUUUCUUUUCCCCACUUUCUGAAAUGCAAAUCUUUCAAAUUCCCCUUCUCCUGUGGGUUGUUCUGACUGUCUGUCGAGUUAAGGCGUACGACAACAGCAAAGGCGUCAAUGGCAGCACCACCACCACCUCAGGUGCUUCUCGUGCGCCCUCUUCUAAUGCCUUAGACACCUAUGCCUCAGUCACCUCUCCUGCAGACACUCCUGCUGUUCCCGUGACAGUGCUCGAGCAGAAGACAGCCAACAGGCGCCUCUUAUCCGCAUACGAAACACUCUCAAGAGAGGGAUUCACUGUAGAUGAGGUGGAAAAAGCCCUCUCGUCUCUCAUCCCCUCAUCACUUUCCCUGGAGGCGGCCUUUGAUUGGCUCUGCCUGCACCUGCCACCUAAGCAGCUGCCACGUCACUUCACCUCAGCAGCUGCGACUGCCACACUGGCACGAGGCGACGUGGAGGUUGUGGUCGCCGCUGCUGACGUGGAAGGGGAGGGACAGCGAGGUGGCGAAGAUGCAUGGGGGGGAGAUGGAGAGGAGGAAGGGGGGAGUGGGGGGGGGUCGUUAGCAAAAGAAGCUGCGAGGGUAAGGGAGAUGGAAGAACGGAGGAGGGCAAAGGAGGAGGCAGAAGAGAGGGAGAGGAAGAGGGAGACGGAGAGGAAGAAGCAGCAGGCGGACUGGAUAAAGCGGUAUGUGACCGAAUACGAGAGUGAGGAGGAGGAGAGUGAGGGUGAAGGGAAAGAAGAGGAGGAGGAGGAGGAGGAUGACUGGGAGAAGGGCGCGGAUGCGGGAGGGCCAGCGGGUGCAUCAGCAGGCAACGAUUUGCUGAAGGGAUCUCCUGUUUGGGAGGUUUGGGCUGAUGCAAGAGAGAAAAGGCGGCGGAAGGAUCUCAGGAAAAAGGCCCCUGCAGAGCAGCGCAUGCAGUCCCUGGCAGCGGACCUGGUGAGGGCCAAGUGCGAGGCGGCAAGGGCAAAGAGCAGCAUGGAUAAGAGCAGGCAGGCAGAGGCGGGGCUGCUGAUUCGAGAGAUCAAGGAGGAGUCUGCAGCUUAUGGUUAUUCUGAGUCCAUGCUAGAAACGAUCCAGCAGCAGCAGCAGGAGGCUGCAGGAGGGGCAAACGGGGAGGCAGAGGAGGAGGACGAGGAGGGGGGGUUCGGACUGUUUGGGGAGGAUGAGGAGGAGGCAGGGCCAGCGGGAGAGGGGAGAGGGGAGGCAGUGGAAAGGACAGGAGAAAACGCAUCUGGGAGAGGGACAGGGGCAACAGGAAAAGCAGCAGAAGGGGAGGCAGAUGAGGAGAGUUUUGGACUGGAGGGGAUGUCUAUGUUCGAGGAGGAGGAUGGCGAGGCAGGAGGAGGGGGGAAGGGCGCAGCAGCGUUGCCUGAGAGUGUUCUGGCGCUGCAGAGGAAGAGUGCGAGGGAGAGGGAGUGGCACCAGCAAGCGCUCACAGCAAGCAGGGAGAAAGGCAGGGAUAAAGGGAAGGAUAAGAGUAGAGAUAAUAGGGGAAGGGAGGCAGAGCUGCAGCGCCAACCCAAGGCUCUGCUGCAGCAGCACUGCCUUAAGGCCCUCUGGCCCGCCCCCAAGUACACGAAGCUUCCAGGAAGCAGCGGACCGGGGAAGAUUAGUUACUCGGUGACUGUGGUGCGGCAAGGGGGAAAGGGAGGGGGGAGAGGAGGUGGAAAGGGAGGGGGAGGAGUAGGAGUAGGGCCUAUCACGUUUCAAGUGCCGCCAGCAGAGGAUGGGUUUGAGAGUGUGUCGGAGGCACAGAAUGAGGUGGCUCUGCUGGCCCUGCAUGCCCUCCUGCCGCACAUGCCUCUACACCACCAGCUAUGCUCGCCUUAUCGAGACAAGUGGCUGGAGCUGGCUGAGAAACAAGACGCCAAGGACACGAGCAGCAGCAGCGCAGCAGCACUGGCAGAAGCAGCUGCCAGGCGCCAGGCCGACUUCACCGCAGCACUGGUGGAUAAAGAGAUCAGGGCCAGAGAGACUGCCGCUGCUGCUGCCGCUGCUGCUGCCGCUGCUGCUGCCGCUGCUGCUCCUGCUGGUGCUGCUGGUUCUUCUGCUGCUGGCGAUGCUAGUGAGCGUGCACACAGGGGUGCUGAAGAGGAGAACGAGUCGAAUGGAGGACAGAGGAAGCAGAGAGUUUCCUUCCUUGGGCAAGAGGAAGGCCCAGCUGUGGUGCGCAGGAGGGAGGCUCAGAGCCGGGAGCUGCAGCAGCGGUGGCGCCAGUGGCAGGCCCUGGGAGGUGAAGGGGCAGGAGGAGGAGGAGGAACGGGCGAAGGCGAGGGAGAAGGCAGUAAGCUGACACAAGGGGUGAAGCAGUCGAGGGAUGUGAGGGGGGGUGCAAAGGAGAUGGUGGAAAUGAAGCGGGUACGAGCGGCGCUGCCCAUGGCAGCAGUGAGAGAGGAGCUGCUGCAGGCGCUGAGGGAGGGGGAUGUGGUGGUGGUGAGCGGCGAGACAGGGUCUGGCAAGACCACCCAGGUGCCGCAGUAUAUCUUUGAGGAGGCGGAAGCUGCCGGGAAGGCGGGGUUCUGCAACAUCGUGUGCACACAGCCGCGGCGCAUUGCUGCCAUAUCGGUGGCAGAGCGAGUGGCAGCAGAGAGAUGCGAGCCUCCUGUUGGGAGUGGUGGCAGGGCGGGUGUAACAGCAGGCGUGGUUGGUUACCACGUCAGGCUGGACGCAGUCAAGACCUGGCACACCCGCAUCCUAUUCUGCACUACCGGCAUCUUACUAAGAAGGCUGGUGGGGGAUCCCCUACUGGCGGACGUGACCCAUGUGGUGGUGGACGAGGUGCACGAGAGAACCAUCCAGGGGGACUUUCUCCUGGUUAUUCUCAGAGACCUUCUGAUUAGACGGCAGCGGAUGAGACGAGACAUGCCGCACCUCCCUGCACUCAAGCUCGUGCUUAUGUCCGCCACGCUAGACGCCACCCUCUUUGCCUCCUACUUUAGCGGUUGCCCCGUCAUUCAGGCCCAGGGGAGAACCUUCCCUGUGGAGAUGAAGUACCUGGAGGAUGUGUACGAGAGCACUGGGUACAAGCUGGCGUCGGACUCGCCUGCUGCCCUGCGGUCUGAGUCCUCCCAGUCCAGUGCCAAGGGCUCCAAGGCGGCAGGCGGUGGUGGGAGCAAGAGCAAGCAGCAGCUGGUGAAGGCGGGAUGGGGUGAUGAUGCUGCCUUGCAGGCCGAAACAGUGAAUCCCCACUAUGAUGCAACUCGAUACAGCAACUACAGCAGCAACACCCGCACUAAUCUGCGGCGGGUGGAUGAGAGCACCAUCGACUACGAGCUGUUGGAGGACGUCAUUGCCCACAUCGACUCCACAUGCCCCCCUGGCGCCAUCCUUGUCUUCCUGCCUGGCAUGGGCGAGAUCCAGUACCUGUGGGACCGGCUGGCAGCGUCGAGGCAGUUUGGCGCGCCAGGAAGGGUGGAGUGGCUGCUGCCGCUGCACUCGUCCGUGUCUGCUGCCGAGCAACGAGCGGCAUUCAACAGCCCUCCUGCUGGUAUACGCAAGGUGGUGCUGGCCACCAACAUAGCCGAGACGAGCAUCACCAUAGACGACAUUGUCUAUGUGGUGGACUCGGGAAAGCAGAAGGAAACCCAGUUCGAUGCCAGGAGGGGCAUGACCAGUCUGGUUGAGGCGUGGGUAGCAAAGGCCAACGUGAGGCAGAGGGCAGGCAGGGCAGGGCGAGUGCAGGCAGGGCGGUACUUUGCCCUCUUCACCCGCCACCGAUUCGAGGAUGUCAUGCGGCCAUUCCAGCAACCGGAGAUCCAGCGAGUGCCGCUGGUGGAGCUGUGCUUGCAGAUCAAGCUGCUGGCUCUCGGCACUCCAGCACAGUUCCUCAGCAAGGCCAUAGAGCCCCCCAAGGAGGAUGCAGUGCGAAGCGCGAUGAAGACAUUAAAGGAAGUGGGCGCGGUGGAUGAGAGGGAGGAGCUCACCGCGCUCGGGACCCACCUGGCUGCUCUGCCUGUUGAUGUCCGGAUUGGCAAGAUGAUGAUCUACGGUGCAGUCAUGGGGUGUCUCAGCACGGCUCUCACUAUCGCUGCGUGUCUCAGCUACCGCUCGCCCUUCUCCACCUCCUUCCAUGACCGCGACGCAGCAGACAAGGCAAGGCAAGCGCUGGUGGCCAAACGGAGAGAGGCCGACCCACAAGCAAACUCACAGGAAGCAGGAGCCGUGGAGAGUGAGAGGAGUGAGAAGAUGGGCGGAACGAAGGGAGAGAAGGAGACUUGGGAUGAUGACGAUGAUGAGGGGGAGGAUGAAGGGGGGAGGACCGGAGUUGAUGAUAACAAGAGCUCAGCUAAGAAUCUGGGAGUUACAGAAAGGGAGGCGACAGGGGGAAAAGUGGGAGGAGCAGGGGGGAGAGGAGAGGCAGGAGGGGGCGUGAGUGGGGAUGACAGGGAAUGGAACAUGGCACGGGGGCAGCAGUCGGACCAUUUGGCCAUGGCGUCAGCUUUCAAUGGCUGGUUAAUUGCUCAGCAGAGGGGCAGCAGAGCAGCGAGGGAGUUUUGCCAAAAGAACCAUCUGAGUAUCCCCGCUCUGCUCAUGCUGCGUGACAUGAGAGUGCAGUUUGCUCGGCUACUCAUGGAUAUCGGCUUCCUAAGGCAACCUAUCAAGCCUCCUGGUUCUGCUGGCUCUCCUGCUAACAGGGGAUUUGAUUGGCUGGAUGAUCCCUCUCAGCCCUGGAACAGAUGCUCCAUGAGCGCUCCUGCAGUGAAGGCUGUUCUCUGUGCCGGCCUCUACCCCAACGUGGCAAUGAUGGCGCGUGACUCUAUCGAAGCCGCGCACUGUUCACACGCGUCAGACCUCGCACAUGUAGCAGGGGCGGCCGGGCGGCCACGAUGGGUAACCUCCACUGGAGCUGAGGUGGCGAUCCACCCGUCAUCUGUUAACCACGCUCUCUCUGUCUUCCGCACUCCCUUCCUCGUCUUCCAUGAGAAGGUCAAGACAUCUCGAGUGUACGUUCGGGACUGCACAGUUGUUUCUCCAGCAGCCAUACUACUUUUUGGUGGACCAAUCACCGUUCACCAUCAGAGAGGGCGUGUGUCAGUGGAUGGUUGGUUGGACCUUGUUGCUCCCGCUCAGACCGCUGUUCUUUUCAAGGCCAUCCGAGGGGCAUUCGACACAAUACUUCGCCAACAAAUCGUCCAGUCUCAGAAUGUUGAACGUGGUGGCGAUUCAAGCAAAGUGGUAUCCACGGUUGUCAAGAUUCUUGCAGACGCGGAAUGGUUGCAAGGAUAGUAUCAUCAAGAUGGAUAAAAUUAUCCAUUUUACAAGAUGUGAAUUCACAAUCUGAUGUUGUGGUCAGAACGAAACAGAGUCUCCGUAUUCACGAUAAAGGUUGGCGAAGCGACUUACAGCGCGUUGUCAUUCAAUACACAGUUCAGGCAUUGGUGAAUCCCCGUCUCCUUGUGGCUGCUCUUUCUCGAGCACCACGCAGAAUGACUGCCCUCACAUUGGUCGUAACGCAACGUUAGCAACUUCGGCUUCCCGCAUUUCUGAUAUCUCGGUUUCGUCGCAGAUUGUCCAUCGCUGAUCGCCGUUCCAGCAUUUCACAAUGGGUUAUGAAAGCGUCGGAGCUCCUUUUCUAUGUCGGUCCCAGUUCAGAAAUUUAUCACGGUUAUGUCAACCUUGUCAAAACAACCAUGCGUCGUCCUCUUACUGACGGUCAUUCUGCUCGGCGUUAGCAACCAGACUGAUAGCGCUGCAAGUCAAGAGAACCAUUUCCUGGCGUUUCGCCGGCUGAAUGACGGUACAAAUUGGAGGCAAAAGAUAUUACGCGUUGCGCUUCUGAAGACUGGAGUUCAGACGGAUUCCCGUAACAAUAGCAGUGUGAAUGUCGGAAAGGAAGAACAUGGAGUUGCAUUCUUACUAGUCGACCCAAACAUGAGCUCUAUGACCAUGUUCAUUUCCGACUUGCCUUCUAAAGUGAUUCCUGGUCGCGCCGUUAUUCAGGGCCUAGCAGGCUAUACUAUUGCUUCUUUCCUCGUAAACAACACAUUUGUGGCGUCAAAUCCAACCGGUCUUGCGUUUGCUGGAGUUAUCCCACUGAGCAUCACGAGCAUUGAAGCUCUUCAGGCAAACCCAACAAGUUUUAUUGUUCGUCUGGAGACAGUUCAGGGUUCAGGAAGUAAUUUCGCCGGCAGAAUCAUGUCACCUUCUCAAGCUGCACAAUGUCUACCUUCGCUACUGCUUCCAGAUGCAUUGCUCUUGGCUGACCCAAGCCUCUACUCUUCCCUUGCGAUAUCCUUCAACUUCUAUGCACGAGGGGAGGUGAACAUAUCAGUGACACACGACCCAGAAGAUCCCAGGCAGAGGCCGGUUCUGUCAAACAUCACAUCAUUUGACUUGGCCUCAGAGUUUAGGGCCAUUACAAGUGCACUGCCUGUGGCGUUUCAAGCAAUGGUCGCUGGAGAUGAAAGCAGUGAGGCGGAAGUUUCAACUGGCCUGACGAGUUUCCUCACUUCUGUUAUACCAGCUCUUCCCGCACUAACCAAAGCACUACCCAGUGCUCAGAAUGGACAACUUCUACAGGCUGGAUCAGCUGCACUGAUGGCCACUAUGAUUGCUUACAGUGGCUUCUUGCCUCCGUUGAACAGCCCCCGAAUUCUUUCUGCCCUGUCUGCUUCAUUUGAGACUGCCUUGCUUGUAAAUCUUAGUCCAUCAUGACUCUGGUCUGUGCUUGAUCAUAUAA